GCACUUAAAUGCAAUCAAAAAUAUGACAAAAAAGGUGGUGGAAAAAGACUAGCAAAAGAAAUAAUAGCUGCAUUGAUCCGUUUUUUUAUGAUAGAGCAACAUGAUCCUAGUGAUCAAUAUUUUGCAAAAGAUAUGUUAGAUAAAUUGAAUGAAAUGGCAGAAAACAGUGAACUUUCAUAUGAAGUAAUCCCUUCUUUAAAAAAAAUUGAAAGCUGA